GUGACCGCCUAUUUGUUUGGCGAAGUCGCGAUUGGAAUCCAAGCCUCCACGGGCAAUCGGAGCGUUCAGCUCCGGUGCUGAGAUUGGCGACGAGCGAGCUUUCGGUUGUUGAAAAGACGGAAGCGCUUCCGGUCAUUUUUUUGACGACAGUCGACGGUUGUUGGGGUCGUCGUUGAUGUGCGAUGGAGCUUAGAGUUGGUGGAAAGUACAGGCUCGGUCGCAAGAUCGGUAGCGGGUCGUUUGGUGACAUUUAUUUGGGCACAAACGUUCAGACAGGAGAGGAGGUGGCCAUCAAACUCGAAAGCAUUCGCACGAAGCACCCGCAGCUUCACAUCGAAGCGAAAUUCUACAAAAUAAUGCAGGGCGGAGUUGGCAUUCCUCACUUGAAAUGGUGUGGCUCGGAGGGGGACUACAAUGUAUUGGUGAUGGAGUUGCUCGGACCGAGUUUGGAGGAUUUGUUCAAUUUCUGUUCGCGAAAGUUCAGUAUCAAGACGGUUUUACUACUGGCUGAUCAACUGAUAAGUCGCAUUGAGUAUGUUCAUUCAAAGAACUUUAUUCAUCGAGACGUGAAGCCUGACAAUUUUCUAAUGGGACUCGCAAAGAAAGGCAAUCUUGUGUACAUUAUUGAUUUUGGUUUGGCCAAGAAGUAUCGCGAUCCACGCACACACCAACACAUUCCAUACAGAGAAGACAAGAACUUGACUGGCACUGCCAGAUAUGCUAGCAUCAAUACACAUUUGGGAAUCGAGCAAAGUCGGCGUGAUGACUUGGAAUCAUUGGGAUAUAUGCUAAUGUAUUUCAAUUUGGGCUCGCUGCCUUGGCAAGGUUUGAAAGCAGCAACUAAGAAACAGAAGUAUGAAAGAAUAAGUGAGAAAAAGAUGUCGACACCGAUUGAAGUCUUGUGCAAAGGAUUUCCAGCCGAAUUUGCAACAUACUUGAAUUUCUGUCGAUCUCUGAGAUUUGAUGACAAACCUGAUUAUGCUUACUUGAGACAAUUAUUCAGGAAUCUUUUUCAUCGUCAAGGUUACACUUACGACUACGUCUACGACUGGAACACUCUCAAGGGUCCUCGUGCUCCUGUCAUCGGAGGAGGACUAGAUCGAGGCGAUCGUCACUAUGAUCGUCACGACAGAAUGAGAACUGCACAAUAUCAAGCGGCUCCUGCAAACGAAAAAGGACCGUACGAGGUGGCCGCAGGUCAACAAGACCAUCACCAUCAACGCAUGACGCCGGGACUAAGAAAGUGGCAAAUGACUCUAGACAAGGUGCCUAACACAGAGACGUGCGACAGCAAGGGCCGAGCGAUGAACACGGCACCGGGAAGAAUAAGACCUGGAGAAGUGCACACCGGAAGUGGAGCUCAAGGAUCCGGAAUUCCUGUUCCAUGGUCACAGCAAGCAGUUCACGGGAAUAGUGUGGUGCCGAGAACGGAACGGGUCCGGUCUCGACGACAGGAUGCCAGUCGCGAGGCGGGCAUCGUCGACUUAUCUCGGACUGUUGCAGGUACAUCGCACUCUCACAUGAAACCGUCGCAACUAGCAGUCGGUGCUAUCAAUCCUCCGAGUCCAGUCCGACGAUCGAGCGCUGCUCGCGAUGCUGCUGCUGAGACACACGGCGGUCGUACAUCCACUCGACACACGAGAGUGAGAGAUAGUGGACUGUAAAGCCGUUCGGCUUUGCCGAAUCGGAUCUACGAAGGAGGAUGUUUUCCUCCUAUCAACACAACACCUAAGUUAUUGUAGGAAAUGGUGAUUAUUGCUAUUUGAUGUCAGUCAUAGUUACUUUUGUUCAUAGUGUACAUAAGAAAUCACCGAGAUGAGUGGUUUAGUUGAACAUUGAGUGAAUUUGGUAGUUGUACACUUGGUAGCGACCGAUUGUUAGAGUACAGGAAUCGGUCUGAUUGACUAGAACAUGCAGAAUUUGAAUUAGACAUGUUCAGAUUUA